UCAGUGUGUGACUGGUUAAUCUGCCUGGGCUCAGUAAAUGCGAGUUCUCCUGUAAUCCUGGGUAUUGGGAGAGCAGUUGGUGAACCUGGUGGGCGGUAGGACCGCGAAGGAGCCAGGAGAGCUGCAGACAGACAAUGCACCAACCCUGCAGGGAGGGAGCUGGAUUCCUCCCAAAGCUGACAUUCCUUGAAGGUCCUCAGAGACAGAGAGCAUCUUUAGAAACCUGUGAGAAGACGCCUGGCAUCUGGUGCCCAUUCUGGGGGGAGAUGCCCUUUCUGCAGUGGGUAUAUACACACUGAAAUCACCAUGCACCAUCCUUGGCAUCUUAUCUUGGGGUUCCUGUGCUCCGUCUCUGCAAAUGCGGAGGAAUCCCAUUCUGAAGGCCUCUCGUCCACCUCAUUGUUGGAUUUAUCCCCAUCCCACUUGAGGGGUGUAGACUCGGUAGAACAUGAGGUUGAAGGAUACCAAGAUCCAGACAUCAUCCAAGAAUUUCUACACACUCAUCAAGGCUCUGGUUUCUCCAGCCAAGAAACUGAGGAGUCCACCAUUUUACAAUCCUCACAGUUGUUUAGUGAUGAUGAAGAGAGACAGGUGAAUGGGACCAGUGACAGUAACAGUGCACUACAGACAGAUUACCCACCUACCACCUUCAGCGAUGGCACUAUUCACGGUGAAAACAGAAGCAACUCCCCAAAUCAAAACCAAGAAACAUCAACAUCAUGGUUGUCCACAGACUCAGGAGAAUUGCCCAGACAUGUUUCUACCAAGACCUUAGCAGAGGAAGAAAACAUACACCCAGCAACAAACCAUAGUGAUGUCUCUGAACAUCCAGAUCAUGAGUGGACAGUAUUCACAGUCACGUCUGGUACUCCUGAACAGCCAACACCCAGGCCACCUAGAAAGACCAAGAAGCAUUCAGCAUCGAGGAAACAUCAUGCCAACCACAACCCAAAAUCUGUGCCCCAGACAGAACAUCCUUUGGAUUCCCUUUUAAACGUAGAUGACACUCAUGCAUUCAUAGAUGAGGAUAUCAAAAGCAUGCCAACUCACUCUACUCAAGAAAAAGAAAAUGUGAAUCUGCCAAAGCUGUUUACCCAAUGGGAUAAGAGCAGUACACAGAAAGUUGUUCCUACUGAGUUACAGUGGGGGUCAGAGCAGGUAAUCUGUAAUGACUGGAUUAACCUUGCUGGGAAGAAUUAUGUCAUUCUCAACAUGUCCGAUGACAUUGAUUGUGAGCAGUUUAGAUGGCAGAAAGGGCAACAGCUGUUGUCCUUGCUGGAAGAGGCUUUGUCAUGGAAAGCAGAGACACCCCAAAAAGACUGGGUCAUAUCCCUGAGCAAGCCUAACGAAAAUGACAAUCACUUACUAAUGACAAUCACAGAAGAGCAACGCGUGGUUCCAAUAAAAGAUGUUUUCACAGCUCUCGGGGACAUUAAAAUGAGUCUUGCAGAGAUUGGAAUUGAGAGCUACUCCAGCACAGUGGUCUGUGAAUCGCGCCCUAACCAGCCCCGCAGUGAUUAUGGAAAGCUCUUUGUCGUUUUGGUCAUUAUUGGAUCUGUCUGUGUCAUGAUCAUCAUUGCAGGAAUUAUUUAUAUCUGCUGGCAGAGGCGCUUGCCCAAAUUGAAAAAUAUGGAGCUGCACUUUGUUGAGAAUGGCUGCCAUGAUAACCCAACGCUGGAUGUAGCAACUGAUGCCCAGUCAGAGAUGCAAGAGAAAAAGACAAGUCUUAACGGUGGCACAUCUCACCGUGCAGAUGGCUGGGAAACGUUAAUCAAUACAAACUCCAAGGAGGAAACAGAGGCAGUGGAGGAAGACACACACCUGUAGAGAUAAAAAAGAGUUUGCCGCCCUGCUGGCGAUGGGGAUAAAGGAGGUUUUAGAUCACAUUAGGCACCUUGACGCCAUAGGCUUUCAAUUCAAAAACUUAAGAAAUAAUAGUUCCAACCUUUUUAUAAUUGGUCAAAUCAUAACUAAAACUGUAGAAGCUAGCAUUUGAAAACAAAAUUUUAUUCCCUUUAUAAGCCUAGAUAAAAUAAAAUAAUAAAAACAAAAAAACAAAAAAAAAACACAGCAACAUUCCCUGAAAUGAGAAAACAAAAAAGACUGAAAACUUCUGCUCCCUUCCCUGACCUGGCGUACGAGGUUCCAAAAUGCUGCUUCCUUCCCUAACCUGGAUGAAAAAAGAAAAUGUAAAUGCUUUCCUUGACCCGAGCAAGAUAUUCUGCUCUCUUCACUGACUUUGGCCAAUAAAAGCCAAAACGUCUGUCUGCUGCAUUCUCCUACAUGAGGGGAAAGAAUAUAAAAUAAUAUUUUCCUUCCUGGGCCAAAAAAGAAAAUAUUUUUUCUCCUUGCCUGACCUGCCAGUAUUGGCCAUAAAACAUUUAAGGUCAAGUUGUCAUAGUUAAAAGAUCAAUGGGAAGCAAACAGGCCCUGUGAAGUUAUUCCCACAACUUCACCUCCUAGUUGCUUCAGUGAUCCACCCAUAAUAAAUUGGGAAAGAGUGUAACUGUAUAAAUUGUGCCAGGUAGUGUCUGGAAUUCAAAUCUUCCCAGAUCCAGAUCAGUCGGCAGUUUGUAUUUACACUGGCAAUGUUUAUUAUGGCACCUUAAUUUUCCAAAUAUGUUUCUGGUGUUUUCUCAGAAAACAGAGGUGCAAAUUCAGCUAUUUACUAACCUAGCUAUGGUACGCUUGGGAAAAAUAAUUUCAUCACUCUAGAUAACCCAUUAGGGCUUCAGAGUGAUGGCUCUGUAGACCAGACAACACAUAAUACAUAGCAUGGUUGCUUGGUUUCCUAGCUAAAUACACAAGCUGUUGGAUUUUUCCUGGACAAAAGCAUUGCGUUCAUUCUUACAAUUGUGUAACGUUCGUCUAUCUCCCAAGUCAGAACUAAGUCUACAGCACGAAAUAUAGGAACUAUCUAUUUCCGUUGAUCUUGGCUGGCACAUCUGUUUGAAGAUAAUUAUUCUGUGAAUCGUAUUAACAAUGGAAGUUUUGUGAUUGUGCAAUUUUCAAAUGGAAGUUUUGUGAUUGUGCAAAGUGAAGAGCAUAAACGUGGCCACGUUUAAAGCAGUGAUAUAGAACGUAGAUCCCUGUUGCCUGAAACACGAGUACGUAAGCCUGCGGAGAAGAACACAAAUUGAGCACCUUAAAUACUACAUCAGUGACUAACUGUAAUCAUGCACUAUGUGGCAAAAUCGCACUAGUCUGUGUUCUUAGACGGCAAUAUACUUUUUACAUAAUGAUUGCUGCAGUGCAACCAUCACCAGAUGUUAACAUUAAUAAAUAGAGCAUGAAAUGGAUUUCUGUACAGCUGAACUUCUUUCAUAAAUAUGACAGUAUGCUUGUGGCACCAAAUCACCCCACUCCUCCCCUCUUUUGAUUUCUGAGCUUUACAAUAAAUUGCAAAGAUAUAUAAAUAUGCAAAAUGAGUCCCUUGCAUGCUGGGAAAUAAUGUUCUCAGCACAAGAGCCAGAUUUUAAAGGAAAGUGCAAUUGAGAAUGUAUUAAAAAGUAGCCAAUUAAAAAAUCAAAUAGGUAACAUAACAUGUAACAUAAUACACAUGGAGAGAGUGAUUCAAAUGUUAUGCUCUAUUGAUUAAUGUAUUUUUUUUAUUAGGUGACGGAACACACUAAAGUUGUAAACACUAAAGCGAAAUGCUACUACAGAGAUCUUAUUAUGGAGCUUGCAAUCUAACUGGUAUAAUAUUACAGAUAUAUAUUUGUGCAUUUGAAUCUGAGUGUGUAUCUAAGAUUGUAUGUUUUUGUAUUGCUAGUGGUAUUUUUCUGCUUGUUUGUAAGCACAGCUACUCACUCUAUAGGUUAUUAUGACAAAGUCUGUAUGAAGCACUAAUGCAAUGUAUUCCAGUAUCCAGUACCACACUCAAAUUGCCCAUGCUCACUGGCUCACCAGACACCAGUUUAAAUUGUGUGGGUGCUAAAUAAUUAAAAGAUAUAUGAUGCUGGA